AUGCGCAACAGCCCAGCCCUAGCUGGGGUCGGACCCUUACGCACUGCUUACAGGUUUGGAGGGGGUCUGUUAAGGGGAACGGACUGCUUCCGGCCAGAGGUCCCGGGCGGAGGAGGAAGCUGGGCCGUAGGCGGUGGGGCACAGCGCCGGGGCACUGCUGUGGGGUGUUCAGUUUUCCACACAUGUGGCAAAGCAAGCUUCAAGGAGGAACCAGACCUGUUAGUUGUGGCCAGCCCUCAUUCCCUGGAAAUGGCAAACAAGGGAAAUAAGAAGCAUCGGCAGUUCUCUCUGGAGGAGAAAAUGAAAGUUGUGGAAGCUGUAGACUCAGGAAAGAGGAAAGGUGACGUGGCAAAAGAAUUUGGUAUCACUCCCUCUACGUCUAUAUUUUUAAAGGAUCGCACCAAAUUUGAAGAAAAGGUGUGGGAGGCAUCCGUGGGACCCCAGCGGAAAAGGAUGAGGAACGCUCUUUAUGAUGACAUUGAUAAGGCUGUUUUUGCUUGGUUUCAAGAAAUCCAUGCCAAAAACAUUCUUAUGACUGGUUCUAUCAUUCAGAAAAAAGCACUAAACUUGGCCAACAGGCUUGGCUAUGACAAUUUUCAAGCAAGUGUACACUGGCUGAACAGAUUUAGAGACUGCCAUGGAAUUGCUUUGAAAGCAAGCUAUAGGGAAGAUAGUGACAGGUUAAUGAAUGGUCUAGGAAUAGAUAAGGUUAACGAGUGGUAUGCAGGGGAAAUGAUAAAACUGAUUGCUGACUGCAACCCAGAUGAUAUCUUUAAUGCUGAUGAGACAGGAGUGUUUUUCCAGUUGCUGCUCCAGCACACGCUUGCUGCUAACGGAGACCAUUGUAGAUGGGUCAAGAAAGCAAAGCAGCGGUUGACAGCACUCUUUUGUUGCAAUGCCUCAGGGACUGAAAAAAUGAGACCAUUGAUUGUUGGUAGGUCAGCCAGCCCACACUGCCUCAAGAACAUCCAUUCCCUCCCUUGUGAUUACCAAGCCAACCAGUGGGCUUGGAUGACAAGAGAUCUGUUUAAUGAGUGACUGAUGCAAGUGGAUGCCAGGAUGAAGAGGGCGGAAUGCCGGAUCUUCUUGCUCAUCGACAACUGUUCUGCUCAUAACAUGCUUCCACGCUUGGAAAGGAUUCAGGUUGGAUAUCUGCCCUCAAACUGUACUGCUGUCCUGCAGCCACUGAAUCUUGGCACAAUUCACACCAUGAAAGUUCUGUACGGAAGCCACCUUCUAAAACAGAUCCUCCUCAAGCUCCACAGCAGUGAGAGUCAAGAAAAGGUGGACAUCAAGCAGGCCAUCGACAUGAUUGCUGCAGCGUGGUCAGUCAAGCCAUCCACAGUGGUGAAAUGUUGGCAGAAGGCAGGCAUCAUCCCUGUGGAAUUUGCAGAAUAUGAUACAGAAUCAGCAGCCAGUGAACCAGACAUUGCCAUUGAGAAGUUGUGGCACACAGUGGCUAUUGCCACCUGUGUCCCAAAUGAAGUAAAUUUCCAGGACUUUGUUACUGCAGAUGAUGAUCUCAUUAUCUCUCAGGACCCAGAUAUCCAGGGCAUGGUGGCUGGUGAAAAUACCAGUGAAGCAGGAAGCGAAGAUGAAGGGGAGGUAUCUUUACCAGAGCAACCAAAAGUCACCAUCAUAGAAGCUAUAUCAAGUGUACAGAAACAGUUCCUUUCCUCUUGUGUAGGUGUUCCUGAUGCCAUUUUUGGACAAUUAAAUGGCACAGAUGUAUAUGUAAUGAAAAGAGUGACACAAACCCUUUUUGAUUACAAAAUUACAGAUUUCCUCCAAACAAAAUAAUGCAGGAAUUUAGAAGGUUUACAAGAAUAAAGUUUUCUUUAUAGGCUGUUGAACCACUUUAAAGCAAUAUUAUUAUGACAA